CUCUCUGAACUUUAUAAGAACUUAAAUUGAUGUGUGAGUUUAAGAUCAUCAUGACCCAAUGUUCUUUCACCCUCAGGAUUCUAAGAAACAGCUAAGAGAUAUAGGAUGGGACUGUGAUGGCUUGGAAAGGAAAGCAUUGAAACAGUGAUUUCUGACAGAAAAGUUAUUUGCGCCUUUCUUGCUCUCUUCAUUCAGUUGGUCAAUAAAUAUCUGAAACCGAGGGUGUGCCUCAAUGCCACACACUUAACAAAGAGAUGGAGAUGACAAGGCACUAUAAAUUAAGCUAAGGUCCCAUUGUACAGUCAGCAUUGUUUGUGUCCACACUUUAAUAGUCUGACUGAAUGCAGAAAUGUUGGGAAGGAAUUAGGGCAUGGUAAGCUGUCAAUCUAGUUUGCCUGUUCAACCUGCCCUACUUUGUCCGAUGUUCCACCCUAGGUAACCUGAUUGAUGUCUUUAUAAUAGGACCGGAUGUUGCUUGCUAACGUUUACUGGAUUCAUUAGAGAACAGAUUGUUAGAAUGCUUUUGCCUAUAUUUGGACUUGCCAGUAAGGAUAGUUUUAAAAGAUUCAUUUGAGAGCCCCUUAGAAUUUGCUGGUUGCUUUUGAUUGUUGAGCUGUGAAAGGUGCCAUCCUUUGAUUGUAAGGGCUGGGCAGUUCAAGACUUAAUUUACAUUUCAGAUACUUCCCCCUUUACCAGUAUUCAAAUUAGCAGCUUCUUCUUUCUUUAAAAGAAGUAAUGGACAAGAAGAGCAUGUUUAGUUCCUGCUGUGCUCUUGUGAAAGCAACCAAACUGUUUCUACUAGGUGUUAAUUGGCAAGCAGAAAUUUCUAAGGAGAAAGGUGGUGCUACUUGAGGCAACUCCCAUUCAUUGAAGGAGUGCACCAAACUCUCUCUCUCUCGCUUGUGAAGUUUCAUCACGGUGAGAAGAAUGGGUUCGGUUUCAGAGAUGCUCACAGCAGUCCCUCUUCACAAGAGGCCUGAUCUCCUGGAGGCCUGUGCUGACCUCAUCAACGAAGAGUGGAAACGGAGCCGGACCUCCCGUAUCCACUCCCUGCAAAAAUCUAGUGACAACUUUCCCAUGUGCCUGGUAUUGAUCAGAACUUUGAGGGUAACGGAGGAAACUGCAGAAGGGAAGACGUCCAAUACCCAGUGCCAACUUCUGGGACAUGCCAGGUUAUCCCGUGUGAUUGGCCAAUCCAACAGUUUAUUUGUGGAGACCGUGGUGGUUGCCAAGGCCCUCCGUGGAAAGGGCUACGGCAGGAAGCUGAUGGAAGCUGUUGAGAACUUUGCCAAAGCCCACCGCUACCAGCACCUGUAUCUCACCACACACGACAAACAGCAUUUUUAUGCCCACCUGGGCUACAGCUUGUCCAAGCCCGUCCAGUGGGCUGGAUUCAUCAGUUCUCUGGUACCUAUGGAAUUUUUGGAGAACUUCUCUACUCCUCAACAUAAGACGGAGCUUCCUGCACAGUCUGGAAAGCAUAAUACAAAUGCAUCUUACCAAAGCAGAUCUGGAGCAAACCUCCCUCCUUCACCGCAUGCUGCACCUCUUUCUUCUUCCCCUUUUUGCUCAGUAGCCCCACCUUCGUUGCCUUCUCCUUGUUCUUAUCAUUCAGGGACAGCUACCAUUUCUCCCCAUCUUCCAUUGCCAGGUCCCCACCCAUCCUCUGCCCAGUCCAGGAAUGCUCUGGUUCACUCUUCACCAUUCGCCUCUGCUGCCCCAGCUCCUCUACCCUCUCCUCCUCCUCCUCCUCCUCCCCUCCCACUUCCAGUGCCUCCACCAAGAGCCUUUUUAGUAGUCCAGCCAAACUCUGGGAAACCCUCCUCUUCCAGGGUUUUGGAGAAUACAUUUGAAGAGCAGACGCUUUUUGAAACACCUUAUCGGGAUCUGAAAGGGAAACCCAUAUUCUGGAUGAAGAAAGAGAUCUGAUUUUUCCCUUCCGUUGUGUGACUGUGCAAUAAAGAUGAAAUAAGUGAAUAAGGAGGAAAAAGGAAAGCCUUUCUUGUUUUAAAAGGAAAGCCUGGCUUUGUGAGACAAAAGAUCCCCAUUUAAAACGAAUAAAACAAUGUAUUUGGU